CACACUAGUUUCUAGUUUCUUGUUUCUUGUUUCUAUAUUUCUCUUCAUUUUCUUUUUCCUGAUUCAAUUUUUUGGCGGUGGAGAAAGGUUUCUGAACCUACGGGCCGGAUGAGAGAAUCUUGUAAUGCUGUCUCGGUUCACCUCCGUCGAUAUAUAAAUACUCCUACGAAAAUCUUUCUCUCGUUUCCUUAUGUUUACCCACCCUCGUUUAUUUCCUUCAAUCCCAUAAAAACCUUCUCUUCUCUGCUCCUCCGCUCUCCUGCUCUUUCUCGUCAUCCCCUUCCCAAUCUUCUCCUUUCUAGCUCCGAUUUUAGUCCUGAAAUCACUAUCUACUAGUAACCCAUUUCUCUGAUUUUCUGUUGCUUCUGGUUUUCUUAGUCUAACUGAAGAAAACCCAGAAACUUAGAAGGAGACGAUUUCAGUUCUCAAUCCUCUCUACAAGUUACAGCCAGGAUUUCAUCUUAUUAUUGCAUAGCUGGAUAAGCUGGCUGUAGAGAAUCAAGAACAGAAGAUCGGUUUUGUGAAGGCAAAGCAAAAGAAAGUUAUGGUAAGCCCAAUAAUUCGAAUGGAGAACGAUGAUCUGGGUCCUCCAUGGUUGAAGCCGAUGUUAAAGGCCACCUACUUCAUUCCCUGUAGAAUCCAUGGCGAUUCUAAUAAGAGUGAAUGUAAUUUAUUUUGCUUAGAUUGCAUGGGGAAUGCCCUUUGUUCUUACUGUUUGAUCCACCACAAAGACCAUCGAGUUGUUCAGAUACGGAGGUCUUCAUACCACAACGUGAUAAGGGUUAACGAGGUUCAGAAAUACAUAGACAUUUCGGCCAUUCAAACCUACAUUAUCAACAGUGCCAAGAUCGUCUUCCUCAACGAGCGUCCGCAGCCGAGGCCUGGAAAGGGUGUCACCAAUACCUGUGAAAUCUGUGGCCGGAGCCUUCUUGAUUCCUUUAGGUUUUGCUCACUGGGUUGCAAGUUGGAAGGAAUGAAGCGUGGCGACCCAGAGCUAACAUUCAAAUUGCGGCCGAAGCACGGCCGAGAUGGUGUGCAUGGUUCGGAGUCUGAGGACUCGUCGACAUCAAAGAAACUUCGAAGGACUUUUCUCUUCAAUCGUGCAAUGCAAGGCUACCAUCAGGCAGGAACCUCUACCGACGGCGAGAUGUAUUCGAGCUCAAGUGAUGAUGCAGCCAAUAACAUAUCGCCGGCAACUCCUCCAAUUGUUAAUUAUCGAACAGCAAGAAGGAAGGGUAUUCCUCAUCGAGCUCCCUUUUGAAGAGAAAUAGAGAACAUCAGUAAUGGAAAUUCUCUGAAAAUAAAUGAAAAAAAAAAAAAAAAUUCUGUAAAAAGGAAAUGUUCAUGAAGCUAUAUAUAUUUAGAGGGGAAAUAUAGAUGUGAAAUAUGGAAAAGAAGAAAGAUAUAGCUUAGGAAAAAAAAAAAAAAAAGGAAUAAACAUAGAAAUGUCUUUUGGGUUCUCUCUUUUGUAAAUAGAAGAAAAAAAGGUUGAAGUGUGCUUUUUAUAG